AUUGGUUUAUGGUUGGCAUAGGAAAGGAAGCAACGCUCCUUUGAAUAUGAGACAGUGACAUUUCUGCAACCGUUGCCAAAUACCUGAAUAUUGUACUACUAGAGUAAUUGAUAUUUAUAUUAUUCACCAACAACAAACUUCUCCAUUUAAUUGUUCACCUUAGUAUUUCCAUUUCCAUUCUUAAUCUCUUCUUUGGAGAUCUCCUUUCUCUAUAGUUUAUUUCUUCUACUUCUAUUAGGUAAGAUGAAAAUGAAAUGGCUCAUCAUUUAAUAUACUAUUGACCGACACUCGAUCCAUUUUGCUUUGUACCUUAAAAAUGGUUUCUAUUAUCAAUGCCUGUAUGAAGAAUUAAGAAGGAAGGUUCAAGGUAGGUGUGGGGGAAAGUAAGGUGUAAUGGCCUCUGAGAAUGACUAUUUUCACCUCUCUGGACCCUUACAUCUAACUUCUGUUAAUUGGGAUCAUGCAUAUCAUCGAAAGUCAGUAGCUGCUAGUUUGGUCCAAGGUGUUUAUGUUCUAGAAAAAGACCGGCAAGAACAACGAAAAGGUCCCGAUUCUAUAGCAUUUCCUUGGUGGGCAUUCUUCCAUUUUCAGCUGCUUCAUAUGCUAGUUGAUGAUGUUGAUAAUUCCGUAUUUGGUGCAAUUUAUGAGUUCAAGCCUCCACCGUCAAUAGGCAACAACACCUUACAUAGAAGUCCACGUUAUGUAAUCGCCUUUCGAGGGACUAUAACAAAAGCAGACUCAGUCUCGCGCGAUAUUGAGUUGGAUCUCAAAUUUCUCAGAAAUGGACUUCAUCGAACUUCACGCUCAGAAAUAGCCAUCAAUACUGUCAGAAACAUGGUGGCUAGUGUUGGUGGUAAUGGUUCGAACAUAUGGUUGGCCGGUCACUCUCUAGGAUCAGGCAUGGCAUUGCUUGCCGGCAAAACAAUGGCAAAAAGUGGCAUAUUCAUCGAGUCUUUUCUUUUCAACCCUCCAUUUGCAUCUGCUCCAAUUGAGAGAAUAAAAAGUAAGAAAACAAAACAUAGGCUUCGAAUCGCUGGCAGCGUGCUAACAGCCGGACUCACCAUUGCUAUGAAUUCGGAUAAGAAAAGUUCGUCCUAUGAUUCAUUUGCUGCUUUGUCUGCUUGGAUUCCAUGCCUAUUUGUAAAUCCAUCUGACUAUAUAUGUUCGGAGUAUGUUGGAUACUUCGAACAUAGAAGAAAAAUGGAGGAGAUUGGUGCUGGUAGCAUUGAAAAGAUAGCAACACAAAACUCACUUAGUUCUCUAAUGAUGAGUGCUUUUGGGAAAGAAUCUGAUCCCCUACAUCUCAUUCCUUCAGCUAUUUUGACAGUGAAUUUGACCCCUCCAAAGAGUUUCAAAGAAGCUCAUGGGAUUCAUCAGUGGUGGAAACCAGACUUACACUUGGAUUCCAAACUCCACAAAUACUAGUUGUUCUUCUACUUAUUGUAUACUCAAUUGUUGCAUUUAUAUAUUAGCUAUGUUGUUUGUGGUUUUCCAUUUGAAAUUGAGCAGCAAAUGCUAUUAAAGUUGUUGUAACUUUUUAAAAUGAUUUUAAUUUACAAAACAAAAGUAACUUUUAAGUUUUAAGAAUGGUAAAA